AUGCCGCCUCCCCCGGUUCCCUCCAAGAAGAGGAACGCCACUGAGUCUUCACCAGCCGAGGCGUCCGCAUCCUCUGCUGCAUCCGCCGACGGGAAGCAUCCGGAAGAUCCGCAGAGGGCCAGCAGGUACACCAAGCGGACGCCUUCCCAAGUCGACGUCGAGGAGAUCGCCAAAGAGAUUGCGUCACACCACGAUAUCGAGCCUAUCCUCGACGGCCGCCGCGAUCCCGCAGUGGAGGAAAAGGUUGAGAAGCUUAUCGCUGGCCGCCCAAACUUCGCGCCGCCAUCGGAAGCAGAGAAGAAGGACGGCACGGCUCCGCCUGGCACGUCCUCCGAAGACAACGUGGAGUCGCUGAGCGACGUGGACGACGAAGAGCUGGAGUCCUACCUCCUGGAUGCCGAGGAGAGGCAGCACAAGUCGGAUAUUUGGCACGAGGUCAACAAAGACUACCUUGAGGAGUGGCAUGUCCGCAGCCUGGAGAUCAAGCGGCGGAAGAUGCGCGACCACGUCAACAACGAAAGAAAGGCCGGAAAGCAG